AUGGACGUGUACACCAGUUUGCAAGAAGACCUGUCCUACAGAACUAUCGAGCUCAAUGAUGAUCUUCUACAAAUAGUCACUACAGGCUCCCUGCCGUUAUUUUUCAAAGCUCCAUUGAAAGAAGAAGAUGGGUUUGCAGUGUUGUGUUCAAAUGACAAGACAUUCAAACUAAAGAGGAAAAACCACUCGAAUACCGUGCUUUUGGGGUACCACGAAUUUACCCAAGAUGACAUGAUGACAGACAAUAAAAUUACGGAACAGGAUGUGCAAUUCAAGAAAAUCGUCACCUUCAGUUCUUUCAAUUCUGAUUUCGAAUGCAAAUUAGAAAAAGGCUCGAUCAACACUUCUUCGUUGCCGAUAUACACCCACGAAUCCGAUCCAUUAACUUUCCAGCCACAGUCGUACCACUUACGUUGCUCGUUAGAUGAGUUGAUCGACGAUUCCCCGAUUUCCUCUGCCGAAUUCGACAAGAUUUAUUAUGAGCUAAAGGGCUCUGAGGUCAACGGAUUCGCAUGUAUAUUAUCAGACUCGAUGAUUUCACAGUGUCUUACUAGGAUAAUCAUGACCAUCCAAGCAUUGGCAACCACUGCUGGAAAAGACAUUGAUGAUGCCAGCAACUACCACAACAUUGACCCUAGAAUACUCUGUGAAAGAAUCAAUGACGACAAUUAUUCGUACCUGGUGGUCAAGACGGUAGUAAGGAAAUUCUCCAGCCAAGAUGACGAACAAAAUUUUUCAUUGGAUGAGAAAAAAGUGGCUAGAUGGUACGGAAUCGAGGCCCUCAAGAUUCACGCCAAGAAAUUGGUGGCUCCUAACGAGUUCUUGAUUAAGUGGAAAACAUCAUUCCCUCAAUUCUACAAUGUUCCUAUUGAGCUCCGGUGGUUACAAGGGUACUAUGCCAAACCAUUGAUCAAUAGAAUUCAAUACUUUCCAAAAGACUUCCUCAGCAUGGACGCCAAGAAGCGGUUCCAGGAAUUGUUUGAAGUGCAAGGGACCUGGGAACUUGAAGAUAUCGAGCCAUUCAUUCAGGAGUUGAAUGUGAAGAAGUUGAAAAUCGACAAGUUUAUCAUCAAGUAUGCAAGAAAAAAGACCGAAGGAAAGAAGGUGGUUGUGAUGGCCAGGUGA